AUGGCGUCUCCUGCGAACAUUGAUAUGAAGAACCUCGUUGGACAAUGGACUAUGAACAAGUCCGAGUCUGAUGCCUUCGAUCCAGUUCUCACCCUCCAGGGCAUCAGCUGGUUCAUACGGAAGGCCGUCGAGACAGCAACCCUGACUCAAUACUUGCGCCAAAGCACCGUCGAUGGCUCAGACGGUGCGCCUACCACACUCAUUGAGAUCGACCAGGUCCUCACCGGUGGCCUCAAGGGUUCGCCCGAAAACCGAACCCUGGACUGGACCUACCGCGAGCACACCGACUUUAUCUUCGGCGUCAUCAGAGGCCGUUCCCGCUACUCCACUCUUCAGAAAUUCCAGCAAGAGUCCAAGGAAACAGGUGCGACGGAUGAAGACAUCAAGUACAUGACUGAGGGGUGGUUGGAGGAAACCCAACAAGGGGAUAUCUUAGAAAGUUUCAUGUCCAGUGCGGCCGGCAAGUGGAUUUCAUGGAACGUUUGGGGCUUCGCUGAAUCUGGCGGAGAAAGGAAGUUAAUAAAGAAGUUUACUGUUAGGAAGAUUGACACAGGUGCGGUUGUGAGGGUGAAAAUGGUUUACGAUUACCUUGGUCCAUUGCAGAAGUAA